AUGUCCGACGCCACCGUCACGAACGUCGCGUGGGCCGAGAAGCCUAGCAAGCCUCUGGACCAAUACAACAACUACUUGUGCAUCUUGCCCGAUUUUAUCGAGGGGUCCAAGAGGUCAGUUCUUGGCUGAUAGGAUGUGGGCUGUAUCUGGUGGCUGACAUGAACUCUGGUUCGAACGCGCGGUCUGGCGCAGGCUGAGCGUGCGCGCUUCGCAUCUCGAACACGCUGCAGAGGGACACAAGAAUGGAUGGAUCAGCAAGUCCUCAUCAUAG